AUAUAAAUCCCCAUCCAAAUCGGAGGAUCGAACCAAUAAUAAAUCCCAAACCGACUAAAAACUUCAGCUCUCGUUCUGCCGAUUUCCUCUCGAUCUGCUCCGAUGGCCGACGGCGCCGCCAAGCCCGAGCCGGAGAAGAAGUCCUGGGCCGACGUUGAGGAGGAAGAGGAGGCCAAGGCCAAGGCAGAGGCAGAGGCCGACCUCGCCGCCGCCGCCGCCGCCCCCUCCUCUUCGUCCGCCGUCACCGAGCCGGAGGUGGAAGCGCAGGCGAAGCAGAUCGAGGCGCUCUCGCUCACCGUGCCGGACGACGAAGGCGGCAGCGGCGCCGAGGGCCCGCCUCUGCUCGAUGACUCCGACGACUCCCAAAUCCAAGCCGUGACCUCGGGCGGCACGGUGUACGAGUCGGCGACGACCUUCGAGGACGUGAACCUCACGCCCGAGCUGCUCAAGGGGCUGCACGAGGAGAUGGGCUUCAGCCGCCCCAGCAAGAUCCAGGCCAUCACGCUCCCCAUGAUCCUCACGCCGCCACACAAGGACCUCGUCGCGCAGGCGCACAACGGCUCCGGCAAGACCACCUGCUUCGUCCUCGGCAUGCUCAGCCGCGUCGACCCCAACCGCAAGGUCCCACAGGCCAUCUGCAUCUGCCCCACCAGGGAGCUCGCCCAGCAGAAUAAAUCUGUGCUCAUGAGGAUGGGCAAGUUUACCGGCAUUACCUGUGCCUGCGCCAUCCCGCCCGCCCAGAAAGAUUAUGUGCCCAUCUCCAGGAUGGCUCCAGUCACCGAUCAGAUCGUCAUUGGCACUUCUGGGACGCUCAUGAAGUGGAUUGGCAACAAGAAGCUUUCCACUAGGGACAUCAAGAUUCUUGUCUUCGAUGAGGCAGACCAUAUGCUUGCUGAGGAAGGCUUUAAGGCUGAUUCUGACAGGAUCAUGAAGGAUCUAAAAAGAAAUCAAGCUGGCUGCCAGGUGCUUCUCUUUUCUGCGACCUUCAACGAUAAAGUGAAGGAUUUUGUCACAGGUGUUAUUAAGGACGGAAACCAAAUAUUUGUGAAAAAGGAAGAUCUUACUUUGGAGAAAGUAAAGCAAUAUAAAGUCCGAGUCCCUGACGAGGCAGCCAAAAUAGAGGUUAUAAGGGACAAGAUCCUUGAGUUUGGGCAAAAGGUUGGACAGGUUAUCAUAUUUGUCAGAACAAGGAUAAGUACUAAGAAUGUUCAUAAUGCUUUGACAAAAGAGGACUAUGUGUGCUCCUCAAUUCAAGGAAGUCUAGACCAAUCAGAAAGGGAAAAAGUAAUACAGGAGUUCAAAGAUGGGUAUACCAAGGUUCUUAUAUCAACUGAUGUUCUUGCUCGAGGUUUUGACCAAGCACAGGUUAACCUGGUUAUCAACUAUGACAUGCCGAUCAAGUUUAAUACGAGAGAUGAACCCGAUUAUGAGGUGUACCUGCACAGAAUUGGCAGAGCUGGGCGCUUUGGUCGAAAAGGAGCUGUGUUCAACCUGCUAUCUGGUGGGACUGAUGAUGUCGUGAUGACGAAGAUUGAGAACUACUUCCAGCACAAAGUACCUGAGGUACCCAACUGGAAAAGCGAGGAUAAUUUUGAGACUGCACUUAAGGACGCUGGUUUACUUGAGUAAACACCCUGAAGAAAUAUUUGGCAGCAGAUGCGUGCCUGGCUUCGGGACAACUUUGGCUUAUGUGAUUACUUGGUUGCCAGCAUUUGGUCCUUUGUGUACCAGAUAGUUGUGUCAGGAGUUCUGUGGAUUAUGUUGAGAUUUUCCCCAACAGUUCCGAAGCAAUGAAUCCAAUCUUGUGUGCAUGUAAUCGAUUUGUAUGCUUGCUAUUUUCCAAAGCAUAUAUUACUUCUUUCCACGUUUA